ACAGUCUUCCCAGUCUUUGCUGAGUUUACUACCGACGUUUAAGAAGACUUUGGCCAGAAGAUGAGUGCGUUAUUUGGCGGGAAAGUGCUGGAUUUGAACCAGGGGUCAAAGGAUGGUUUUGUCAGAGUGAGGAAAAGGGAUUUGGAGAAACUAACCACAGAAGUCAUGCAGCUUCGGGAGUUCCUGCCCUUGAUCCUGAGCGGCGACCUGUCGAGCCUGCUGCACAAAGCUCGACGAGCAGACACAAAGAAGGAGCGUCUCCUGCAGGGGCAGGAGCAGCUGCGACAGGAGUGCCUGCACCUCCAGUCCCGGCUGGACGCGGCUCAGGCCGAGUGCCAGAAGGAGAGAGAGGAGAAGCUGCUGCUGCGGGAGCAGCUGUGGCGCAGCGGCACCGAGCUGCAGAGGCAGGCGGAGUUCUGCUCCGGCCUGGGAUCGGCCGCCUGUAACCUGCUGUGGAGCUGCUCGGGGGGGGAGGCCGCUGUCGCGCUCUGGCUGACCGACGGGAAGCUGCAGGCUUUCCUGGAUGUGGCCGCCCAGACGCUGGAGAGUUUCCUCAAGUCUCUGGACGAACACGACGGCGGGAAAACUCAAGCCGAGGACCAGAACUCCCACAAGCACCAGUUUGUGCUGGCUCUGGUCGGGACCAUCACCAACGUAGCGGCCGUGCCGUGUGGGCGGGACUUCCUGUCCAGCUCAGGCCACGCCCUCCUGGACACGCUGCUCAAACUCCUGGAGCUGAUGGAUUCUGGAGUCUUCCCCAAACUCAAAGUGUUGAUGCUGAUGGCUCUGUACAACGUGAGCAUCAGCGUGAAAGGACUGAAGUACAUGACGGACAACAAAGGACUGAUGGCUCUGAUCUGGACGCUGCUGGACGACGGACAGCUGGACGUGUGUCUCCACAGUCUGCGUCUGCUGCAGUCUCUGCUGCUGGAGGAGGACGUGCAGCUGGACCCGGGCCUGCUCGCCCGCAUCACCCAGUUCACGCAGAGCGGGCACCCCGGGCUCCGGGCGGCCGCCCAGCAGACCCUGGAGGACCUGGGGGCCCAGCAGGGCCAGUGAUUCUUCAGUCCAGUCCUCCGUUGUCGUCGUCCCCUCGUGUGUUGGAGUUCCAGGUCCGAGGGAAAAGCUGGAGACGAGUUCGCUGUUCACUUUUUGAUACAAUGCUGUUUUGUUAAAGAAUAA